UGCGCAGUGCCGUACCGUCCUUCCCGUCAGCCCCGCGGGUCGGCGAGACAUGGCGGCCUACCUGACGCACCAGCAGAAGGUGCUGCGGCUGUACAAGAAGUCCCUGCGGCACUUGGAGUCCUGGUGCAUCCAUCGGGACAAGUACCGCUACUUCGCCGUCCUGCUGAGGGACCGCUUCGAUAAGAACAAGGAUGUGAAGGACAUGGUGAAGGCAACCGAGCUGCUGAGGGCGGGAGAGGAGGAGUUCUGGGCCAACCAGCACCCCCAGCCCUACAUCUUCCCCGACUCGCCCGGCGGCACGUCCUAUGAGAGAUAUGAGUGCUACAAGCUUCCUGAGUGGUGCUUGGAUUACUGGCAUCCUUCUGAGAAAGCGAUGUAUCCUGAUUACUUUGCCAAGAGAGAGCAGUGGAAGAAGCUGCAGCGGGAAAGCUGGGAGAAAGAGGUGAAGCAAUUAGAAGAAGAAACUCCAGCUGAUGGCCCGAAAACUGAAGCUUUGCCUCCUGCUCGCAAGGACGGGCAUCUGCCACCACUGUGGUGGCAUUAUGUGACAAGACCCCGUGAAAUUCCCAUGUGAAAGCAUUACUGCAUGCAGCCAUUGAAGUGAUAGAUCUCCAGUAGGCAGAAGGUGUGCCAGUGAACAUAUUACUGUAAUGCAUAAUAAAGCCAACUGAAGUGAAACAA